AUGAAAUAUUUAUAUAAAUAUAUUUAUAAAGGCCAUGAUCUUGCUUCGGUAGUUGUAACAGAUGCUUCAAGUGGUACUAAUGAACCAAUUAUUCAUGAUGAAAUUAAAAAUCAUAUAGAAACGCGAUAUGUCAGCCCAGUGGAAGCAUGUUACCGAAUUUACGGAAGAGAAAUGCAACAUAAAAGUCAUUCUAUUAUUCGGCUACCAGUUCAUCUGCCAAAUCAACAAGUUGUAGCUAUUGCUGAUGAAGGAGAAGACACCAUUCGGACUGCCUUAGAAAAACAAACUAUGCUGAUGGAUUACUUUACUUUGAAUCAACGUAAUCCAGAGGCUAGAAUGUAUACAUAUGGAGAAAUCCCAUCAUAUUUUGUAUUUCAGAAAAACACUCCAAAUCGUCCAGCAAUGUGGAAGAAGCGUUUACGACAUUUUAAUGCCAUUGGCAGAAUGUAUUCCAUCAGUCCACGACAAAUUGAACUUUUUCACCUUCGACUGUUAUUGCUCACAAUAAAAGGAGCAACAAGCUUUGAAGAUUUGAGAACAGUUAAUAAUGUAGUUCAUGAUACUUACCAUGGUGCCUGUGUAGCAUUGGGCCCCAUUGAAGACGAUUCAGAGUGGGACCGUGCAAUGACUGAGGAAGAAAUAUGGAUGAUGCCCAGACAUUUAUUUGUUAUAUUAAUAUACUGUCAACCAAACAAACCAAAUGAGCUGUGGGAAAAUUUUAAAGAUGCUUUGUCAGAAGAUUUUAAACAUAAAGGGCACAGUGGAACUCAAUCUUAUGCAAGGGCAUACCAUGAAAUUAAUACUCUCCUGGGUCAAGAAAAUUCCAGUGUUAGUCAAUUCCCAUCAAUGCCAUCGUUAGCUGAGUUUGAAAAAAUUGAUGACAUAAUUAAUGACGAAGGAAUAUCUCUUCAAAAUCAUGAACAAAUUGGUCUUGCACAAUAUGCGAAAUCGAAUGAAAAACAAAAGCAGAUCGUCGAUGAAAUUUUAAAUGUUGCUAUGUCGAAACAGCCUACAAAGACAUGUUUUACAUGGACGGACCAGGCGGUUUUGGAAAAACAUUUGUUUACAACACUAUUUACCAGCUAUUCAAAAGUAAAGGAUAUAAAAUUGCUACAAUGGCAUUUACAGGAAUAG